AUGGCUUGUAGCAAAUACGAGUAUAUUAAAACUUACGAACAACCUAUUAGGAUCGUCAAAAAUUGUUGGUUUGUAGUUAGAAUUGACGGCCAUAGCUUUCAUGAGGAUCACAAGUUUCAAAAACCAAACGAUAAACAAGGACUAGAUCUAAUGAAUCGCUGUGCCGAAAAUGUAAUGAAAAACUUGGGUGACAUUGUUAUUUCAUACGGUCAGUCCGAUGAAUUUAGCUUUAUUUUCAGAAGAAAAACUGACUUAUGGAAUAGAAAAAGCGAUAAAAUACUAACUAACGUCGUAUCUUUGUUCACGUCUUCCUUCGUUUUUUAUUGGGAUAAUUAUUUUCCCAACACAAAGCUUUUGUAUCCUCCAACUUUUGAUGGGAGAAUAAUUACAUACCCAACCGAUGAGGAUAUUAAAACAUAUCUUUCAUGGCGUCAAGUAGAUUGCCACAUAAAUAAUCUAUACAAUACAUGUUUUUGGUCUUUAGUAUCUAUAAAAAAAUUGACUGAACAAGAAGCAACAGAAAAGCUUAAAUUUACAGAUUCAUCUUACAAAAACGAAUUACUGUUUCACGAAUUUGGAAUAAAUUAUAAUAAAACUUCUCCACAAUUUAGAAAAGGGACAACAAUUUAUAGGGCUAAGCCAAAGGAAAAGAAGUCUAGAGAUGAAUAUUUAUUGUUGAAAAAUAAAAAGGAUGCUCCAUUAUUAGAUAAUUGUCAAGAAAUGACUAUUGAAAUGAAUUGUAAAGAACAUACAGAAUUAGAUAAGCCGUCAAAUCCAAUAUGGAGGGUGAAUGAUGAAACGGUUAUUAUUAAGUGCAUAUAUAAAUGCUAUAGCGACAUAAUUCAAAAGAAAUUUUGGCUUGAAAAUGAUUUUCUUUUGGAGUAG